GCAUGUUGUAAUAGCAGUCAAAAACACUAGAGGGCAGCAACGCGACAUUAAAGUGAGUGUGAAGCACAACACUAACACGACGAGGAAGAAGAGGAAGAAGCAGAAGAAGAAGCAGGAAGAUGAAGGCAGCAGCUGAUGGUGACCUGACACAUCUUAGCAGGUUCUAUGAUCCAACUAAGGACCUCUGCAGAAGAAGAGAGCAGUUGUGAGAUUUCCCAGCUCAGACAAGCAGUGUUACAAAACAAUGACAGACUCCUUGAUGAGAUGCUCUGCCAAGAAGUCUACAAGAAGGUCAUCAACUGCAGAGGUGGCUGGGGCAUCGCAGGCACGCCUCUACACGCUGCCGUGUCCAAAGGUCAUCUCAGCUGCCUGCAGGUGCUGCUGGGCCACGGGGCCCUGGUAGACUGUGUGGAUGUCAAGGCCCAGACGCCUCUCUUCGCAGCCGUCCGCGGGAAAUACCUGGACUGUGUCUUAGCGCUCCUCCGAGCCGGCGCCAACCCCAACGGGAAUGCGUCCAACAAUUGCUCCCCCGUCCUCACCGCUGCUCGGGAGGGUGACGUGGAGAUAUUAAAGGAACUGCUUAAACGCGGCGCGGAGGUGAACUCCCGCUCCAAAGUCUUGCUCUGGACGUCCAGCGCCAGGGUGUCCAGCGGGCCGCUUUACCUGGCCGCCGUUUACGGGCACAUGGAGUGCUUCAAACUGCUGCUCCUCUACGGGGCGGACCCAGAUUACAACUGCACGGAUGCAAAGCUGCUGAGUUCUAUCAAGCAGCCCAAAACUGUGCUAGAGAUGUGCCUCAGGCACGGCUGUGGCGUGGAGUACAUCCAGCUCCUGAUCGACUUCGGUGCAAACGUCUACCUCCCUACGCUGAUCAUCGAGAAGUCCACGAAGCAGAACGAGGCGGUGGAGCUGCUUCUGCGGGAAAGAGGAAAUCCAAAGGCCUUGACUUCACAGUGCCGCCUCGCUGUCCGAGAACACCUCAAAAAGAUCAACAAGAUCCACUGUAUCGAGCAGCUGGACAUGCCAACGCGUCUCAUUAACUUCCUGCAACACAAGCCGGUCCCGGUCACUGUUCUGUAGCCAAGUGAGCCGGAGGCACAUCGUGUAAAUUCAUUUUUAUUUAACUCUACGAACCACUUUUGUUUUAAAUGUCUAUUCAUGUGCUGUUCUGUUAAGACUGACUCUUAAGUCAAAACAUUAAAUGUGUGGAUAAGUGUA